CGUUUCCCAGCGGGCCUUGUGGUUGGUGGGUGGCGGCCUGUCUGUCUUUUUCACCCUUUCGCGCGUGCGUCGCGUCGUCGGCCGGUCAGGUCCGGUUUGGGGGCUGCUACGCGACGUUGUCCUGUUGGGCAGUGCGCGUUCAGGUUCUUCCUCUUGCUCCUUCUCCCCCUUCUCUUCUUCCGCGGCUCUGGCCCACUUCCGCGCCUUGAAGCAGGCAGAGGGGUCCUCCCCGCCUUGGCCGUGUGGGAGGCGCCCGGCCCGCUCCGCGCCUGAACAUUCAAUGCUCUCGGUUUUCCUUUGGAAUCCACGCCACACAUUUAUGGCGAUUCUGAGCAUCAGGGCAGAUUUCUGCCGGGCCCAGCACAGCACCCUGGCUGACAAGUGAACUGGGGGCCGGGUCCUACGUGCCACAAUUCAACUUUGCCUUGAAGACUCCAGACACUGAGACACAUAAACCUCAAAUAUAUGGGGAUAUCUUCUGCACAUUGGAAACCUCUUCCUGUUAGUGUCUCUAGAGAAGUGAAAUCUGGCCGAGCCCAAGUGGAAAAAAGACCUGCCCAAACAUUUUCUUUGUGCCUCACCAGUGCCUAAAUGUAGUAAAGGCUGCCUGUUUUUUGGGGGGUUUUUUGCAUGUAGUAAGAGACUGUAGAGUCUGAAGGAACACCACUUGUGGUGUUUGAGGGUGAAGUUGUGAGUUCCAGCUGAUGCUUAAGCAAACCUGCUUUUCUUGAAGUGAAGAAUUUUCUUGAAGAACAAAGUAAACAAGGAAAGCUCUGAUCAAUUCUGGACACUUUAGUGAUUUUUUUUAAUGUUUUCUUCUGUGAAACGUUGCAAGGUUUGAUUUUUUUUUUUGCCCCAACACACUUUCUAUCUUGCCACUAUGAACCGUCCCGCUCCAGUGGAGAUUACUUAUGAGAGUAUGCGCUUCCUGAUUACCCACAACCCAACCAACGCAACGCUCAACAAAUUCACAGAGGAAUUGAAAAAGUAUGGAGUGACAACCUUGGUGCGGGUCUGUGAUGCUACCUAUGAUAAAGCACCUGUUGAAAAAGAAGGAAUCCAAGUUCUAGACUGGCCAUUUGAUGAUGGAGCACCACCCCCAAGCGAGAUUGUGGAGGACUGGCUCAACUUGUUGAAAACCAAAUUUCGUGAGGAACCUGGCUGCUGUGUUGCUGUACACUGUGUCGCAGGGCUGGGAAGAGCCCCAGUUCUGGUUGCCCUCGCUCUCAUUGAAUGUGGAAUGAAGUACGAGGAUGCUGUGCAGUUUAUAAGGCAGAAGAGGAGGGGAGCUUUCAAUUCCAAACAGCUGCUUUACCUUGAGAAAUACCGACCGAAGAUGCGAUUACGCUUCAGAGAUGCCAACGGCCACUGCAUCGUGCAGUAAGGGGGAGGCCCUCCGUGAAGUCGUCUUGAUGCUAUCAUGGCUGUCUUUCUGGACUCGUGGAACCUGAAAAUGUAAUUCUGGAAUUGAAUGACAUCCUCGUCAUGGCAGUGGAGUUGGUGCUCCUCAGCUGUUGUCCUAAUGAUGAUGAUUGUGAUAAAAAAAUAAAAUUAAAACAAAACAUUUCAGUGAAGGAUUGUCUUCUCAUGUUGCAGUCUGAUCAUCUGCCAAGAAAGUUCCUUGAACCUUCUGUAUUUUUAACUUUUUUGGAGAAAAAAACCUAAUAAAAUCAAUUUUAUGUCUCAAGAAAAA